CAAAGACAAAAAUAAAAGGCACAAGUUUUGGGCGGAGAAGCUUGUACGGUACCCCAGUCGACCGUUUCUUAAUUGUCUUCCACAGUGCACAAAGUUCGUUCAUAUUCAUUCUCUUAGCCGCCGUACAAAUCCUUCUCUUUUGAAAUUAUCUCUCACCUCCAACGUGGUCAUGAGCAGCAAAGUCUGGUAGAAGAAGAGAAAAAUGUUCUAUUCACGGAGUUUUCUGUCAAGAAAAGGCCCUCUAGGCGCCAUAUGGGUUGCUGCUUACUGCUUCAAAAGGCUUCAAAAAGCUCAAGUUUUUCAGACUGACAUUCCUUCCUCUGUUGAGGAGAUUUUGCAAAAUGAAUUUGAUGCUGUGACAUAUAGAGUUCUGGCAUACCUUCUUUUGGGUUUAGUCAGGAUAUACUCCAAAAAAGUUGAAUAUCUGUUUGAUGAAUGCAAUGAUGUAUUGAUUAAGAUUAAUGACUUUGUGGUUGGUGAAAAAAGUAAGCCACGGAAGGGAAAAGUGAGUUUACCAUAUUAUGCUAUUACUGUACCAGACAGGUUUGAACUUGAUGCUUUUGAUCUGGGGAUUCUUGAAGACAUUGGUGGAGACAAUGUGCUGCCUCUUGAAGAAAUCACGCUUAAAGUAUCCUUUUGAGGACUUUCCUGCAUGGCAUGACACUUUUUCCACUGAUUACAUUCCAGCUGAAGACAUUUUCGCAUCUCACUUAAUGGAGACUGAUAUGAAUGUGCGCAUAUCACAUGAUUUCAGCAACUUAGAAGCAAGCAUGGAGAAGCUUCGAGGCAAUAUUUUCACUCGAGAAGAAGGGGUAAACCUUGAUACAUUUUGUGGGACUGAAGGAGAUGCUUCAAACCCUAUUGAACCAUUUGGAGAGCAGGUUCCAGAAAUCACACAGUCAGAGAAUGAAGUGCAAGGAGAACUAGGCGCAGAGAUGCUUCUGGAUGAGAGGUUACAUGAUGUUGGAGAAGAGCCUCUGGACCAUGUUAAAUUAUAUGAUGAAGACCAUCAAUCUGAUGGAGAGCUGACAAAUCUUCUGGGUUUGGCACGGUUCGAAAAAGAGACAUGCUUGGCUGUAAAUGAAUACAAUAAUUUAAGUAACUUACAAGCAAGCAUGGAGAAGCUUCUAGACCACAGAUUGUGUCAAGAAGCAUCUGUAGAUGUUGAAAUGUUUAGUACGUCUAAGGAACCUUCAGAAUUAAUUAAAUCAUCUGCUGAAGACCAUCCAUCGGAUGGAGAGCUGACAAAUCUUCCACAUUUGGCACAGUUGAAAAAAGAGACGUGCUUGGCUAUAAAUAAAGACAAUAAUUUAAGUAACUUACAAGCAAGCACGGAGAAGCUUCUAGACCAUAUAUUGUGUCAAGCAGUAUCUGUAGAUGUUGAAAUGUUUAUUAGGUCUAAGGAACCUUCAGAAUCAAUUAAAUCAUCUGGUGGAGAGCAUCAUACUAACGCAGAGCUAAUGAAUUCCCAGGAAAAGUCAUUGCCAGGAAAUGGUAAAUGUCAGUUUAUGACAAGCGAGGAUCCAGUAUCAAUUACAGUGGAUGCAACUCCUCAAUCCAAGUUCCUUGAUGCUUCAGGAGAUAGUACACCAGGGUUUAUGGUUGUUCACACCCCAGCUACCAAGGAGCGUGCUCGGAGUAAAAAAAAAAGAAAAUGUUGCUUUGAUGAUGUUACAGUGUUUCCCAAUCAUCUAAUUAGGCAACAUAUAGAAGAUGCAAGUGACUUGGUGUCAAAACGCAGAAAAGUUCGUACUGCUCUCACUGCCUGAAAGCCUUGCGGAAUCCAAUCUUUCACAGGGUUUCUUCGUGCCUUUGCUGCCUUGUAUUUCUUUGAGCUUACAUUUUGCCAAGAAGAUUGAAGAUUGCAGGGACUUCUGAAACAGGGAGCCUUAGAACCAGAAUCUCCUGCUGUUGGUAGAUCGAUGGAGCAACUGGCUGUUGCUCCAGAAACACC